CCGCGAACAUGGCAGCAGCUCGUGCAGUUAUUAUGAAGAAUCAAAGGUUGUUGCUCAGCAGACAGCGCUUUAAAAUCAUUGUUGAUACAUUUCCGUUUUUCCACCGCGGUUUGUCGUGAGACGGCGGCAGCUAGCUGCCAUUCCCCGGUUGUCCUCAGCUAGUUUUCGGCGGUAUGGCUUUUAAAUGCUCAUCGGCUGCCGGUUUGGUGGCAGCUUCGCUGACGCUGUGUGUCGGAAUCUGUCUGACGUUUGUGGGACCAAUAAUCAUUAAAGACCAAAUCAUAAAGAACACUGUUAUAGACCCCAGAAACGCUUUGACCUACACCAUGUGGAAGGACAUCCCCGUGCCCUUCUACAUGUCAGUCUAUUUCUUCAACGUUCUCAACCCAAAGGAGGUUCUGAAAGGAGAAAAGCCCAUGGUGGAGCAGAAAGGCCCAUAUGUGUACAGGAAAUCCAUUCAGAAAGACAACAUCACAUUUCAUCCAAAUGAUACAGUAUCAUACAGAGAAUACAGAAGAUACUUUUUCGAACCUUCCAUGUCGGCAGGAAAUGAGUCUGAUAUUGUUACAAUUCCAAAUCUGCUUGUGUUGGGUGCAGCGGUGAUGUUGGAAGACCUUCCCUAUCCAGUGCGUCUAAUGGUCAGUGCCACUUUUAAGACCUUCAAAGAGGGGCCUUUCCUGACCAAGACCAUAGGAGAGCUGAUGUGGGGUUAUGACAGCAAACUGGUAGAGUUCCUCAAUAAAUUCCUGCCAGGGAUGCUUCCCUCAACAGGAAAGUUUGGCCUUUUUGUUGAAUUCAACAACUCAAAUACGGGACUGUUCACGGUCUUCACUGGCAAAGACGACAUCAGGAAUGUCCAUAAAGUUGACUCCUGGGAGGGCCUGACAGAACUGAACUUCUGGAAAAGUCCUCAGUGCAACAUGAUCAAUGGAACAGCUGGCCAGAUGUGGCCCCCUUUUAUUACAAAGGAGACCACCUUAUCGUUCUACAGUCCAGACGCCUGCAGAUCUCUGGAGCUUGUUUACCAGCGACCUGGUGUUUUUAAAGGCAUCCCCUUAUAUCGAUAUGUUGCACCCAAGACUAUGUUUGCUAAUGGAACAGAUUACGCUCCCAAUGAAGGCUUCUGUCCGUGUAGACAGUCUGGCCUGCUUAAUGUCAGCAGUUGUCGCCACAAUUCUCCCGUCUUUCUUUCCAACCCUCACUUUUAUGAUGCUGAUCCUGUCCUGCUGGAGUAUGUGCAUGGUCUUCAUCCUAGCGAAGAAGAGCAUGGCCUCUUUAUCGACAUUCAUCCACAAACUGGCGUGCCUUUGAAUGUGUCAGUCCGUCUUCAGCUCAAUCUAUACAUGAAAAGGGUUUCAGGAAUUACAGAAACUGGAGAGAUUUCUGAAGUUGUGAUGCCCAUGAUCUGGUUUGAGGAAAGUGGGUAUAUCGAUGGCCCUGUUCUCAGUACGUUCCACACAAACCUGGUUGUUCUGCCUGCUGUGAUGGAGUAUAUGCAGUAUGGCUUUAUAGCUGCUGGCCUGGCAGCUAUCAUAGUAGCUGUUGUGUUCCACCGAAAAAUGAAGAGAUCUCACACAAACACACCAGUGGUUGACACAGUGCUAACGAACCCUGGGGCUACAGAUAAAGAGCUGAUAAAAGAUUCUCAUGGCUAUGAAACGCAGGGAAAUUUUAUCACAAAGAAUUCAGAGGAAGAGAUGUGAAGGACUAAAGGUGCAGGAUGGAAACACCAGCACUUCCACUGAAGAGAAAGUCCUGCUACUUGACGAUCACGUGGACUAAUGUGAACAUGCACUGGUGCGAUGCGUCUGUGAAAUAGUUAAACCACACUGACGACAUCAAAACUGACUUUAAAAAGUUUCACAAGGUGCUUGGUUCGAAAUGGAAUUGGAUGCCCUCUACAAAGUUCAACUGACAUUUUUUCUUAAUUUCAGUUUGUUUAACUGAUCCAAAGUCAUAUUUACACUAUUAAAUGUCUUUGUGUGUUAUUCCAAAAUAGUGGCAUCUUUUUUUCUCUGUGUGUGUGUGUGUGUGUGUGUGUGUGUGUGUGUGUGUGUGUGUGUGUGUGUGUGUGUGUGUGUGUGUGUGUGUGUGUGUGUGUGUGUGUGUGUGUGUGUGUGAGUGAGAGAAAAUCCAAAAACAAACCUCUGUGCACAUAUGGGUGUUGGACCAGAACUACUGCUGAAAUGUUUUAUGAAUGUAAUAAUACCUAAGUGAUUUUGUUUUUGUAAAUCUGUUUAAGUUCCAAGAGGACUGACUGUCAGGAUUCUUUGUGUAACAGUUGCCAGGUUAUUGUCUGUAAAGGGGAAACUUUUCUUUACUUCUCUUAAUCUCCAUGCCCCGUGUGUGAUGCAUACUAAUGAUUAUACGGUUGAUCAUAGGUUUUUGUUUAGUUUUUCAGUUGUUGCUGUUGACUCUUAAGAGAAUCUACACAUUUAGUCUAGUUUCACAGUUCUCUCUAAAGGUGUGAAUAUUUAAUGAGAUGUCAGUGAAUUUUGCAGUUUGCUGUGGUUAUUGUACAAAUUCUAAAGAUGGAAUCACUGAAUUUGCCAAAAUAUUCUGUCACGAGUAAAUACCAUAUUUCAUUUCUUUUUAUUUUUGUAAAAA